AUGAUUUUAAAUUCCUAUUUUAUUUAUAGUUUAAUUGAAAAAAUGAAGAGUCAAGAUAAAGAUUUGGUAUUUAUGGCUAUUGUUGACCUUAUGAAUGAAUUCCAGAAAUCUACUACUUGUCAAUUAGAAGAGGAUAUAUGUAUACAAGUUAUUGAUUCAUUGGUUCGUCUUUUAAAAGAUAAAAACGGUGAAGUACAAAAUCUUGCAAUUAAAUGUCUUACGUCUUUUACAAAGAAAUGUGAAAAUAAUCAUUUAGUGAUUAUUCUAGAUAUUCUCUGUAAUUUUUUUGAGUCAAAUGAGGGAAUAUUGGAAAAAAAUAUGUUAAGAGAUAUUUCUUUUACAGCUCUUAGAAAUAUUAUUAUAGAGACACCAUCUCCUUCUCCUAUUGCUGUUACUAUUGUUCAUUUUUUAUUUCCAAAACUUCUUUCUCAAUUGAUAACGGAUACCAUUUUGGAGAAUCAGAUGGAUAUUAUUAAUGUUAUGAUUGAGUUAUUAUCUAAGUUUGGAGUAGAAAUAGCUUCUCUUUCUUUUGUGGAACAAAAACAUAUACAAACAAUACUUGUUCAUUUAUUGGAUAGUCCUUAUGCCGUAAUCAGAAAGUGUUCUGUUGUUGCACUUGGGCUUUUUUCUUUAUAUUUGUCAAAUGAUUUAUUUCCGCUUUUUAUGGAUAAUAUUUUAAAGAAAGUUGAUACUGAAUCUAAUGAUAGACUCAAAACUUUGGUAUUCCUUUUUGGGAAGCUUUCUAGUUCUACUUUUUCUACAUCUGCAUCUAGUUUUUUUUCUAAUUAUAGAUUUUCGAAAUAUUUAAAAUCAAUUAUUCCAGUUAUAUUAAAAACUCUUAAAAAAGAUGAUGAUGAAGUUCGUGAAUUGGCUUUACAAACUUUAGAAAUUUUUAUACUUCAUUUUGAUAAGGAAACAAAACCGUAUAUAUCGUAUAUUAUUGAAGAAUUAGUUUUAUUGCUUAAUUAUGAUCCAAAUUAUACAGAUAGUGAUAUAAAUGUAGAGAUGGAAUCUAAUUCUGAUGAGUUCGAUAAUAGUGAUUAUUCUAAUGAUGAUAUGUCAUGGAGAAUUCGAAGAUUUUCUUGUAAGCUCCUGAAUACAAUUAUUAACACUUAUAUAACUCUUUUUCAACAACAUUAUUUUCAGGUAGCAAUUUCUCUAAUCCAGAAGUUUAAUGAACGCGAAGAAGUUGUGAGAUAUGAUGUUUUGAAUACAUUCACAUCUUUGAUUAGGCAAACGUCUUAUUUAUUGUUCAAAAGAUCUGAAAAUUUAGACUUCGGACAAUUUAAAGAGAAUAAUAUGUCUAAUAUAUAUUUGGAAUUACCUUUUUUAUUUAAGAAAAAAAUAUCUAUUCUUCUUCCAGAAAUUUGUAAAGUACUUUCUAUACAACUCAUGUCAUCUUCAAUCUCUAUUUGUCAGGCAGGAUAUGUUUUAAUUACUGAGUUAACUAAAAUCAUGGCAAAAGAAAUGGAUAGUCAAUAUCAGUAUUUUAUGAGACCUAUAGAAAUAUUAUUAGCAUCUUCGUUUUAUAAUGAAAUAAGUUCUAUUUCUAUGUCUUCGGUAACUGAUUUACGAAUUGAGGCUCUUCGUUUUGUAAAAGAAAUGUUAUCUCAAACAUCCUACCAUAUAAUUCAGCCUUAUCUUCACAUUUUUAUAAAAGGAAUUACUGUAUCAAUCCAAGAUAAAUUUUAUAAAAUUUCGGCAGAAUCAUUAUGUUCUUUGUCCUUUUUAAUAAAACUUCUUCCUUCAAAUGGUGAUGAUUUUGAAAAAUCUUUUGAUGAGUUAUAUUUUAUUGUGUUAGAAAAGGCUUCUGUAGCUAAUAUUCACGAUGAUGUAGAAGAAAAUGCAAUGAUGGCCAUGGGCCAUUUUUUGAUUUAUAUGAAUUUAGAUGAAAAUAAACAAAAUUUAGUCCUUAAUAUUUUGACGGAAAAACUUAAUAACGAAACUACUCAAUUAUUAACUAUAAAAAUCAUUAGGGAUAUUAUUACUUUUAGGAUUCCUAAGUUGGAUUGUAAAUGGGUGACAAAGACUGUUGUUUUAUUAUUAGGAUUUUUAGAAAAAAAUAAUAAAAGUUUAAAACUUCCUUGUUUGUUGGCACUUAGUGGAUUUAUGAAAAUAUCUGAAAAUACUCUAGAAUUUUCAGUUGUUCGGAAGCUUGUUGAUACUAUUAUAUUUAUUAUAUUCUCAAAAGACUAUCAUAUUCUUUCAAGUACAAUUUUGUUAUUGGUAAAUCUAAUAAAGUAUAUUGAUGUCCCUUUUACCAUAUUUGAAGAAUUAUUUCAUCAUAUUAUGCAUUUGAUAAGGACACCCUUGGUACAAAAUAGUAUAGAAAUUCAAGAUAAGGUUUUGGAUUUUAUGAAAGUUUCUAUAAAAAAAGGAAGCUUCAAUUAUUUAUUUAAAAAGUUGUUUUUCAUAGAUGUUUCUUUUAAUGAAAUGUCUUUUUUUUCAAAAAUUAUUGCAUUAAUUCUUGAAAAUGGUUUUGAAUUUUUAAUAAAUAAUUUUAUUGAAGAGGUAAAAGUUUCAGAAAUUGUCAAAAAAAAAUGUUUCCUUUUGAUGGUUCUUGGAGAAGCUGGAAGAAAAAUGAAUAUGGCUCGGUAUAUUAAUAUCAUGGAUGUGGUGUUUUCGCAGUUUUUUUCUUCAUCAAAUGAUCUUAAAAGAAUUUCAGCAUUUGCUCUUGGGAAUAUUGUAGCGGGAAAUAUUAGUACAUAUUUUCCAUUUUUUAUCAAUCAAUUACAAUCAGAGUUUUCUGAGUAUUGUUUGUUAUUGAUUGCGUUAAAAGAGAUAAUUAUACAUCAUGAUCGAAGUUCAAAUUUCAUGACAUAUUUCAUUGAUGUUCUAAACAUUUUAUUUAAAUGUUCUAUAUCCGAUGAAAGUUGCAGACCUAUAGCAGUAGAAUGUAUUGGAAGGCUUGCAUUGCUUAAACCUCAUUAUUUUUUUCCUGAAUUUCAGAAACAAGUUAAAAAUUCAUCAACAGAGAUUCAAUUGGUUGUUAUUUCUGCAAUAAAAUUUACUUUUACUAGUUCUGUAAAUGAAUUCGAUAGUUUUUUAAGCCUUAUAAUUGAUGAACUUUUAUUGUCAGUAGAAAAUUCUCAGCUGAUUGUUAAGAAAUUAAUAUUUGAAGUUUUGAAUGUUGCUAUUCAUAAUAAAUUUUAUCUUGUUCAGAUUCACAUGCAAAAAUUUCUAGCUGUUCUUUAUAAAGAAACAAUAAUAAAAGAUAAUUUAAUGAAAAGAGUUCAAGUGGGACCAUUUGUACAUAUCGUUGAUGAUUCUUUUGAAUUAAGAAAGAGUGUAUAUGAGAUAUUAUAUUCUAUUUGUGAGAUGUUUUUUGCAUAUGUAGAGGAUGUUUCGGGAUUUUUGGAUAUCGUAAUUUGUGGAUUGGAUGAUUGUCAUGAUAUUAAAAUAUUUUCGAAUUUAAUAUUGAUCAAAUUAUGCACUUUAGCUCCUAGAGAAAUUCAAGCUGUUUUAGAUAGUAUUUCUGUUAAAUAUUCGAUAAUAUUAAAUUCAAAAUUGAAAGAUACCGCCGUUAAACAAGAAAUAGAAAAGAAUAUUGAAUUGCGUCAAUCUAUCUUGCGAAGUAUUAUUGCAUUGUCUCGAAUAUCUAAUAAAUUUGCUACUCCAAAAUUUUAUAUGUUUUAUAAUGAUUUACUGAAUAAUCUUACUAAUGAUGAAUUCAAAUUUGUAAAAGAGUUUGAAAUAGUGGAUUGUAGUUCUUUAAAUAUAUUAAGUAGAUAG